AUGGCGAAAACAUUCAUGGACUGCGCCAUCCUCUUCGGAGACAGCCUUACCAAUCGUCAGGACGUACCAGGGUCAUGGCAUGAGCAGCUUUCAAAAGCAUACACGAAGAAGCUCGAUAUCCUUAACCGAGGCUUUGGAGGUUAUACAUCCAAAUGGGCCAGGCCUCUUUUUGACGAGGUCUUCGCUAGGAAGGAGGAGAAUGCACCAGUCGCUCGGCUGGUCAGUAUUUGGUUCGGUACCAACGACGCAACGAGCCUUCCCAAUCCCCAACACAACACCAUCCAAGACUUCCAAUCCAACCUCACCCACUUUCUCACCUCCCUCACUUCUCCCUCCUCCCCAUACGCCGCCGCCCAAAACCCCCGAGCCCUCAAUAUCGUGCUCAUCACCCCACCGCCGGUGUAUGCGCCUCAAAUGGACGAACGAGGGCGGAGGGAGAGGACGUUGGAGAGGACGAAAGAGUUUGUGGAUGUUGUAAAGGCGCUUGGGGCGGAGUGGGGCCCGGAGGGGAGGGAGGGGAAGGGGAAGGAGUGGAAGGUUGGCGUGUUGGAUCUUUGGGGGGCUAUGGAGAAGGAGGUAGGACUCGGGGACGGGCUUGCUCCCUAUUUCAUCGAUGGUAUUCACAUGACUACAAAAGGUUACGCCGUCCUCUGGAGGCUAUACGUCAAUCUCAUCAAGACAGACUGGAAAGGAAGAGGAUUGGAUUGGAAGGAUGAGCAGGAUUUGCCCAGGAGGGCUGCCCAGUUUGAGAAGAUCGAUCCGAAUAGACCAGAGAGUGCUGUCGAGCUUCUUGCUCUUCCAGAAUGUCGGAGGAUGUAG